CCGCCUUAAACACAAUUUUAAAGUAAACAUGUGCGAACAUAUUGACAACGAAGCAAUUUUAUAUUUAACUUCCCUUUUGAUAACAGUCAAAAAUGGGUUUCAUUUGGGCGUUCUUAUUUCUUUUCCAAUUCUGUUGCUUGGGAAGAGCUUAUGAAAACAUUGCGUUGAACAAGCCAGCGUGGCAAUUGCAUCCAUUCCCUAAUUCUGCAUGGGGAGCGAAUCGAGCUGUUGACGGCCGAAAAUCAGACUUGUCUGCUCAUGGAGGACAGUGUACGAUAUCAGCAUUGGACCAACCAGAGGCUGAAUGGAGGGUGGAUUUGGGUGGAAUUCUUAGUGUACAUCACAUUUCUAUACAAUACAGAACAGACGGUUACCAUUGGGACAAAAUCAACAACUUCACCGGUAGAUUCCUUGGAUUCUCGGUGUACAUAUCAAAUACAACGACCAAGGAAAACGGAUUUCUCUGUUUCAAAGACACGAGCUUCACAAGAGACACGAUACCAAAUCAUGUCAAUAUAACCUGCAUAACACAUGGCAGAUACGUCAUCUAUUACAACAACAGAACCACUCCUCCCUACCCUGCUGGUUAUUCAACCGACGGUGCAUACAACGAACUCUGUGAAGUUGAAGUUUGGGGUUGCUCAAAACCAGGUUAUUAUGGAAUGCACUGUUCUUAUCCAUGUCAUCAAAAAUGUCAGGAAAGUCGCUGCAACAUUGUGGAUGGAACAUGUAUUGGAUGUGUUGAUGGAUAUACCGGACCAACGUGUAAAGAAGAAUGCAUGAACAACACAUACGGAUUAGAGUGUAGAACAACAUGUGGACACUGUAGAGAUGGACAACAGUGUCAUCACAUUACCGGAAGUUGCCCAUACGGAUGUGACAGGGGAAUGUAUGGCGUCAAAUGCAAUACAGGAUGUCCAAAUGGUUACUAUGGAUACAACUGCCAGUAUAAAUGCAGCAUUAACUGUGGAUUUUCCGGACUUUGUGACAUAGUGACAGGGCGAUGUGAAGGAGGAUGUCAAAGCGGGUGGAAAAUACCGAACUGUGAUGAAUGUAUCGAUUCUAAAUAUGGAUUUGAUUGUUCUCAGUCUUGUGGACACUGCAAUAAGAACAAACAAUGUCGUCAUACCAGUGGUUUGUGCCCUUAUGGAUGCGACCCUGGUUAUACAGGAAGUCAAUGCAUACGGAUAUGUGGUAACAAUACAUAUGGAGCGAAUUGCUCAAUGACUUGUGGAAACUGUUCAUACUUGUAUGGAGAGCAAUGCAAUCACGUGACUGGAUUUUGCCCACGUGAGUGUAUUCUUGGAUUCCAAGGUGAAAGAUGUGAUGAAGCACAAGAUUCAAUUCCGACAACCAAAUCAAAUAGUAUACAAGAACCUCUUCUUUACUCCUUGGCUUCAUUGUUUUGCAUCAGCAUUGUAGUUAUCAUGGUUUUGGUAGUAAGAAACAGAAGGAUUCAUAUGGAUAAACAACAGCGUAAAGAAGACUGCAUAGAAAAUAUAUACGAGAACACAUUCAAAAGUCCAAAAAAUGUGUAUAACAAGGCAAUGGAAAAUAGUGAAUAUAACGAACUGGGAGAAUUCAGUGAACGUUCACUUUACGAUAAACUGGACUGAAAUGUAGCAAAUAAUACUCUAAUAUAGUUAAUAAGAUUCUUGAUCGAUUAACAUAUAGUAUGAAAAUAUCUUUACAGAACAACGAUUUUCAAAUAUUCCAAUAUUCGUCAGUUUUUGGUGGACAUUUUUUUGCUUUUUAUUCUACUUAAAUGUACGACAAAAAAGAGUGAAUAAUUUUUG